GGGGCAUAAGUGUCCCCCUUUGCCUGGCAAAACAAUAAAGCCCAGACGCUCACAGCCCCCUGCUGGACCAGAGGCCCCCGGAGAAGAGAGAACAGAGGGCCCUCGGAACCUGAGGCCACAGGGAGAGCUUCACUGAGAACAGGCAAAAUGAAGACGGAUUUGAUGCCACAGAAUCUGCUGGACAACCAGGCAGGGAAAGCAUGCAAGGCUGGUGUCGGUUUGCAAAGGGACGAAGAUGACAUUCUUCCGUACGAAGAUGUGAAGCGGCAAGAUAGUGACCUGUCAGCUGAAGAAAGAAUAUUUUUGGAAGAGUUUCCCAUCUUGAAAGGGGAGCUGGAAGUGGGCACCAGAAGGCUCCGUGCCCUUGCAGACCACGUCGACACAACCCACAGAACACUCACCAAGACCAGCAUGGUGGCCAAUUCCAUCGCUGUGGUCUCAGGAGCCAUGAGCAUCCUGGGCUUGGUCCUUGCUCCGGCAGUAGCAGGAGGAAGCCUGGUACUCUCCGCUGCUGGUAGAGUUUUGGGGAAAGCAGGGGAGGUCACCAGCACCUUGACCAACGUUUUGGAACGCUUGCACAGUCAAGAAGCCCAGGCUUAUGUCGGUAGCCUAAUGCCCACCCGUGGCCAAGAGGUCAGGAGAGCUGGGGCAGCCUAUGUCGUGGCUGCCGGAAAGGUGGUCCAGAGUUGUGAAAGCACCAUCGAGGAUAUCCAGAGGAGCAUCCGUGCCUUUCAGAUAGCCAGGGCCCACCCGCGCCUGGCCACUGCUGCCGAGAGUCUCCUGACCACCGGCCAAGUCUCAGCCCGAAGGAGCAGCCAGGUGCAAAGGGCUUUUGAAGGUACCACGCUGGUGAUGACCACAAACGCUCGCUUGCUGGGUACUGCAAUGGCUGGCUUCUCCCUCAGCGUGGGCUUGGCCUCCCUCCUGAAGGACUGGAAGCAGCUGAAGGAGGGAGCAAAAUCAGAGCUUGCGGAAGAGCUAAGGGCGCAGGCUUGGGAGCUGGAAAGGAAGCUGACGGAACUCACCCAGUGCUAUGAGAGCCUGCAGCGGAAG